AUGGAGAAGCGGGGCCGAGCGGGGAGGGUUUCCUCGCACCAGUCCGCUCCGCAGUCCGCGGCGACGCCUCGGAGAGACAGGCGGCCUAGCAUGUUCGAGAAGGAGUCUUACGCGCAGAUUCUGAGGGAGAGGCUGCGGGAUUCGCUGCACGAGGUGCAGUAUGUGGAGCCCCCGCUGGACGAGUCCGCCGCCGACCUGGGCAAGGAGUGGAAGAGCGCCCUGGCCAGGCUGAAGUUUGCCAACACGUACCGGAUGGAGCCGCCGAGGAAGUUCCAGGCCCAUUCGGUGGAAACCAAAAUCCAGCGGAUCCUGAUGGACAGCCUUAAAGACGUCAAGUAUGACGAUAAAGUCUUCUCUCGUCUGUCGCUAGAGUUAGCAGACUGCAUGAUGUCAGCGGUCAAAGAAUUCGGGUACCAGCGCUAUAAAAUCAUUGUCAAGGUGUUACUUAUUCAAAAGACCGGCCAGGCAAUAAAUGUCUCCAGCCAGUGGAUCUGGGACGUGGCGUGGGACACCUGGGUCGCCGCGAAGCACGAGACGGAGACCUACGUUGCGCUGGCCUUGGUGUUCGCUCUCUACUGUGAGUGA